CCCAAGAUGUUGCUUUCGGUAAUAUUCCUGGUGAUGCUAUUAGGAUCGUCCGGUUUGGGUGCACCACGACAGUCGAAUGGUCCCAUACUUCAGCAACUAUCCUUGAUCAGGCAUAAGAUCACCAAUCUGGAAUUUAAUCUGUAUCAUGUUCUUAGCAAAGUGGUUUUUCUAACCGACGAGGAUGUACAUAACCCCCGAAGAGAGCAGCAAGAGCAGAAACAAAAAUUGAAUAAUCAAGCUGUUACAGAGUCCUUAAAGCACAUGGAAUCAUUGUUACAGCAGCUUGUCGCUUCUCAAAUAUGUUCAGAAAAUCAGACUAUUGUUCUUGGUUCAAACCAUACAGAGAAGGAGAGAAAUCGAAAGGAAGAUCAAAUGGUUUUCAUCAGCCAACCCGCCAAAGCUGAUUGCUCCGAGUUGGACCAUGACAGCUUGGAUGGUAUUUACACAUUUCUGGAGCCUGAACUAAAUGAAAUUGAAAGAGAUUUUAAUCAACGCUUUUGUGUUUUUGCAACGGAUGGACCAGCUUGGACAGUUAUUCAAAAUCGGGGAUAUAAAAGUUAUGAAAAUUUCAAUCGCAGUUGGGAUCAAUAUCGAGCAGGUUUUGGAAAUUUAACAAAAGAUUUUUGGUUUGGUAACGAAUUUCUUCACAAGAUUCUCUAUGGUAAUGACCAUUUGUUACGCAUUGAACUGGAAGAUCAAGAGGGUCAACAGGCGUGGGCAGAGUAUGGUCUAUUUAGGCUGGACAGUGAGGUGUACAACUAUCAGUUGACCAUCGAUGAGUUUCAAGGGACACUGCCUGAUGCGCUGGAAUAUCACAAUAAAAUGUAUUUUAGCACUUUUGACCAUGGCACCAGUAAGGGAGUAUCCUGUGCUGUAAAUGCAAGCAGUGGCUGGUGGUUUGAUAGUUGCCAGGAAUCGAAUCUCAAUGGAGAUCCGCGGACAGGAGGAAUUAUGUGGUCGAAUUGGCUGGAUAUAAAACGGAGUCGAAUGCUUAUACGUCCACGACACGAUACGUUGGAGGAUAAUGACAUAGACGAUGAUUAGUAUACAUAUGUAUAUCUGUAGAUUUUUGAGAUUCUUAAAUUCUAAGAG